CCGGAAGUUAGCCUCGCAGCGCAGCUCAGAGUUCGUGGAGAAAAGUUUCGAGCGAUGGAAAUGAGUAAAGUCCAGGUGCUGAGAGCGUUGGUGAAGCAGCGACUGAGUGCGGCUGCUGAAGAGAUAUUCGGGCUGUUUGAAAGGACGAUAUCAGAGUACGAGCGGGAACUCUGUCGGUCCAAAGAGGAGAACCAGAGACACCGGAAGCUGCUGGACGCUGUGUUCCAGCCUGAAGUCCGGCUGCACAGAGCAGUGAGUCCUGCAGACGUCCAGCAGCUGUUACAAAGUAGACAAGAGGUUGCCCCUAUGCAGCCGGAGUUGAGCCCCAGUCUGGACCAGGAGGACCCACCAGAGCCCCCACACAUUGAAGAGGAACAGGAGGAACUCUGGACCAGUCAGGAGGGAGAGCAGCUUCCAGGACUGGAGGAGGCUGAUAUCACCAAUUUCCCAUUCACUCCUGUCUCUGUGAAGAGUGAAGAAGAUGAAGAGAAACCUCAGUCCUCACAGCUUCAUCAAAGCCAAACUGAACAGAUGGAAGCUGAUGGAGAGGACUGUGGAGGACCAGAACCAGCCAGGGACUCUGAUCCAGAUAGACUUUUACAGCCUGAGACUGAAGACAAGACCAAAGAUUCUUCUGAACCUGAGACUGGCGACAGUGAUGGUGGCUGGGAGGAGACCAGAGAACCUUAUUCAGAUUUAAAAUCUCUGAGUGAUACAACAUGUCAUACUAGCAGGAAACUACUCAGCUGCUCUGAGUGUGUUGAAACAUUUUACAAUAAUCGCCUUCUUAAUAUACACUCAAAUCAUACAGGAGAACUCAAGGGGGCAAAGCAAGAAGACCCAGCUUUACCUUCAGAUGUCCGAAAAGUGAUUGUUGGUGAGCAGCAGGAGUGGAGCCCCAAUCUGGACCAGGAGGACCCACCAGGGCCGCCAUACAUUUAAGAGGAACCGGAGGAACUCUGUUCCAGUCAGGAGGGAGAGCAGCUUCCAGGGCUGGAGGAGGCUGAUAUCAACAAGUUCCCAUUCACUCCUGUCCCUGUGAAGAGUGAAGAAGAUGAUGAAGAGAAACCUCAGUCCUCACAGCUUCAUCAAAGCCCAACCGCACUGAUGGAGACAGAAGCUGAUGGAGAGGACUGUGGAGGACCAGAACCAGCCAGAAACUCUGAUCCUGAUAGACAUUUUCAACUUGGUGAUGACUGGGAGAAGACCAGAGAACCUCAGUCAGAUUUAAACUCCUACAAUAAUGACGUUCCAGUCAGUCGUAGGACACACAUUACUGACAAAAAACAGUUUAACUGCUCUGAGUGUGGGAAAACAUUUACUCUGAAGACACAAUGGAAGGUCCACAUGAGAAGACAUGCAGGAGAGAAACCAUUCAGCUGCUCUGAGUGUGGGAAAAGAUUUACUGUGAAGUCAAAUUUGCAGCAACACUUGAGAACUCACACAGGAGAGAAACCGUACAGCUGCUCUGAGUGUGGGAAACGAUUUGCUAUGAAGCAUAGUUGGAAGAGACACAUGGGAACACAUUCAGGAGAGAAGCCAUUCAGUUGCUCUGAGUGCGGGAAAACAUUUACCCAAAAGGGAACAAUGCGGGAUCAUUUAAAAAAUCAUACAGAAAAACUAUUCAGCUGCUCUGAGUGCGGGAAGAAAUUUACUAAAAAGGGAUCGUUGCAGGUACACAUGAGAAGGCAUACGGGAGAGAAACCAUUCAGCUGCUCUGAGUGUGGAAAAAGAUUUUCUCUGAAGGUAACUUUGCAGAGACACACGAUAAUUCACACAGAAGAGAAACCAUUUAGCUGCUCUGAGUGUGGGAAAACAUUUUCUGUAAAGGGAAGUUUGAAGCUACACAUGAGAACGCACACAGGAGAGAAACCAUUCAGCUGCUCUGAGUGUGGAAAAACAUUUACUCUGAAGACAAAUUUGAAGGUACACAUGAGAAUCCACACAGGAGAGAAACCAUUUAGCUGCAGUGUUUGUGACAGAAGAUUCACUUGGUGUAAACAACUCAAAAAGCACAAGUGUGGUGACGAGUCCUCACAUGGAAACCAACCGGAGAACAGAGAGGCAGAGCCUCGAGCCAGCAGCUCAGCUGAAGACAUGGAAGCUUAAACUGAUGGAGAGGACUGUGGAGGACCAGAACCAGUCAGGAUGAUUCAGAUAGUGCUAAACCAUAGAGACUGAUCAGUUCCUGAUCGGCUUUGCAACUACUUUUCAUGUUCUUUUAAUGACUGUUAUUGAGCAGCAGACAGGUUCAGCUGUAAUUUAUCUUUGUGUGUCACUUUUAGUGAAUUGACCAAUCACAACCUGGAUGGGGCGGGACAACAAAGAAAUGUUGACAGUAAAAUUUUGAAAUGUUGAACUCGUUCUGCAUGAAUGGUUAUGAUAAUUGACGAGUUACUUUUAUCAGAAACACAUUAAAGACCAUGGAAAGUGUUUUUGCAUAUUUAACAAAUAAAAACAGCCCAUUAAAA